AGUGAAUUGGAAGUGGUGCCACUGUUCCGCGGGACUUUCGAGGGACUUUGCACAUGCUUCCCAUCCCAUGCGCCAGGACGGGUAAGGUAUGCAUCGCUGACAUACCACACCUUUAACGAACCAGCCAAGCAGGUCCGGGAACACAACAUUGUUACACCUGCUGCUGUUGGCGCUUCCACCUAUUCGUAUCCCGGUACCACUGGGAAAACCAUUAUGCCGCCGUCGCGUGAGCACCACCCUCAAACCCACCGCACCGAUUGCCGCAGCCCAACAUGACCACCUUGGACGCCGACCUGGACCCACUAUGGCAGGAUCUCGACUGGGCCAUCGGCCAGAUGCUGAUUAUGGGAUGGGAUGGAACCGAAGUGACUCCCCAGAUCCGUAACCUGAUCGAACAACACCAUGUGGGCUCUAUCCUGCUCACUGCAAAGAAUCUCAAAUCUGCCCAGCAAACAGCAAGACUCGUCCAGGAACUGCAAACCAUUGCCCACCAAGCCGGCCAUCCUCACCCCUUGCUGAUUGCACUGGACCAGGAAAAUGGCGGCGUUAACAGCCUCUACGAUGAGGACUACAUCUGCCAGUUCCCGAGCUCCAUGGGCCAGGCUGCUGCCAGCAGUGCGGAGCUGGCCUACAAGGUCGCAAAGGCCACGGCGACCGAAGUCUCGGCCGUUGGCGUUAAUCUGAUCCUCGGGCCGGUGCUGGAUGUCUUGACCAACGCGCGCUAUCAACCAUUGGGUGUCCGGGCCAUCGGUGACGACCCUCAAGAAGUCUCGCAAUAUGGCAUUGCCUCCAUGAACGGGUAUAAGGACGCCGGCCUUGCCACCUGCGGGAAACACUUCCCCUCGUACGGGAACUUGGAUUUCCUCGGCUCCAGCUUGGAUAUCCCCAUCAUUACUCAGACGCUAGAAGAACUCUCCUUGAGUGCCCUCGUCCCUUUCCGUAACGCCAUCGCCACGGGGAACCUAGACGCCAUGUUCAUCGGUGGCUGUGGCAUCACAAACCCCUCCAUGAGCGUCAACCACGCCUGUCUGUCAGAGCAGGUGAUCGACGACUUGUUGAGAAAUGAGCUCGGCUUCCAGGGUGUUGCGAUAUCAGAAUGCCUCGAAAUGGAGGGCCUCCGAAACGAAAUCGGUGUCAGGACAGGUACUGUCAUGGCGGUGGAGGCCGGCUGUGACUUGGUGUUGCUGUGUCGCGCCUACGACGUGCAACUUGAGGCUAUUGCGGGUCUCAAACUUGGAGUGGAGAACGAACUCAUCACAAAGGAGCGCAUAUACACGUCCCUCAAGCGGGUGUUUCGGAUGAAGAAGUCAUGCACGUCGUGGCAGAAGGCAUUGAACCCUCCCGGUAUCAGCUUGCUGUCCAAGAUCCACCCCGGACACCUCGCGCUCUCGCUAAAGGCCUACGAUGAUUCCAUCGCCGUCAUACGGGACAACGAUAAGCUUCUUCCGCUGCCCAACUCGAUGCAUCAGGAGGAGGAAUUACUCUUACUCACACCUUUGGUGAAGCCGCUCCCAGCUUCUUCCAUGACCAAGGCGCUCCUGGAAAAGAACAAACUCGAGGCGCCUACGAAUCACGACAAGUGGGUGCACCGCGACCGAGGGGCUAUCAUGAGCGGCGAAGGCGUGUUUAGAGAACUUGGAAGGUCUCUCGCUCGUGCUAGACACGGUAAACUGUUGCAUACUUCCUACACUGCGAACGGUGUUAGACCAGUACAUGAAAACUUGAUCAAUCGAGCCUCAUGUAUCAUCAUUGUUACGGCAGAUGCCAACCGAAAUCUGUACCAGGCAGGCUUCACCAAGCACGUCUCCAUGAUGUGCUCAAUGCUGAGGGCGAGCGGCCAGAAAAAGUCGCUCAUUGUCGUUGCUGUCAGUUCGCCUUACGACUUUGCAAUGGAUAAGUCGGUUGGGGCCUACAUCUGCACCUUCGACUUCACCGAAAUGGCCAUGUCCGCCCUGGUACGAGUCCUGUGUGGCAAGUUCAAACCCCAGGGGACGCUGCCGGGUACGCUUAGAAAGAGUAGAAAGGCACUCAAGUCCCGACAACACUGGCUUGUCGAAGCCUAUAAUCGCAACCGGGAUGCCAGGGGGCUGAACGAUCUCCUGCAGGCCCUAGCCAGAGCCAGCGCCCCAGCCCUCCAGUUCUUACAGACGACGAGGGCACACGCUUUCGAGCUACUCAACCCCAACAUCGAGGAAGCCCACUUCGUGGUGCGCAAUAGUAGCACCCAAGCUCUCUACGGCUUCUGCGCGACCUACUUCAUCCAAGGCACCGGCAUCAUGGGCGCGCUCUUCGUCGACCCCGCCAAGCGGAACGUCUCCAUCGGCAGAUCCCUCCAGCGCCGAGCCCUGCGUGGCCUCGCGCAGAAACCCGGCAUCAAAAAGAUGCAACUCGGCAUGUCCUUUCCGGGCGUCUUCCUGGGCAUUCCCGCCGAUGAUAGCGCCGGUCUCAAGCAGUGGUUCGCCAACGGCGGGUGGGACCUCCAAUUCCCGCGGCGCCUCGCCAACAUGACCAUCCCCUCCCUCAGUAACUGGAGCGCCCCGGAGGGCCUGCUGCAGAACAUCCAGCGCGCAGGAAUAAGCUUCGACCUGAUCCACGGCCCGGACAACGCCGACAGCGUGCUCGGCCACAUCAUCGCCCACGCCAACCCGGAGGUGAUGGAGUUGUACCGCUUUGCGCUACAGGAGACCAAGAGCUGUGGCGUCGUCCGGGCCAAGGGCCACGCCGAGAGCUUGUUGGGUACCGUGAUUAUCUGUAGCCCGGGGAGCCCGUUGGCCGGAUUCAUCCCUCCUCUACAUCCGUCCCUAGGGCAGGAGGACGAACCGAUCGGGGGGAUUGUGGCGCCCCUUGUCGCGUCGUCGGCGCCUCAGGCGAGUUUGGUGCUCCAGGGUCUGGCGCUGAUGGGGUUGAGGCAGAAUAAGGCGCACAAGUCGUUCAGGAGUGUGUUGAGCUGGGUGCAGGACGAGGCCCAUGAGCCGCUGUUGGCGAUGGGGUUCGAGGCGGUACAGGCUUUUGAGGAGUAUACAAACUCACCUGAUAACUGGCAGGAUCUGGCAUAAGCUGGGUGAGGAUGUUAGUUUGGUGGACCAAUGUAUUCAGGAGCAAUUUAUGGGCAUGACAUCACUGGGACUUCACGUCAGGCUGAGGCUUUUGGUCAUCUCUUCUCCUAGUACUCGUGUUUCUCGUUUUGGGUUUCUUGACUUGAGCUUUCAAGUUGGCAUACCGCAUUUCAUACUUGGAUAUCUCGACCAUUGUCCCCAUUUUGAAGUGGCCUCCCACAGUCUCGACACUGGGUACAUGUUCCUGGGUGAAUCGCGCCAUGAGAGGCGGUUUGUCCGCUGACAUCAGCUUUCGUGACCGUAACUGACAUACAACAUCUGGGACACUUUUAUAAGAAGGAUGGCUACUUAAAGCCUAUUUAAGCAGGUUGAACAAAAAAUGAGAAUCACAAAGAUGUACAAAGUACCGAAUUCGGAAGACCUGAGUUAUCAAA